AUAGUACAUUGGAAUUCACUUACAGAACUUCCAAGUUCUUUUGUCAAGCUUAAAGGCCCGCUAGGCUCUUUGAACCCCUGGCUGACCGCCCUCGGAUAGCUUUUUUUCACCCUGCCUUUUUUUCUAGCGUCAAUGAGAUAUUCUCCACAUUCCUGAUGACCGUCACGACACAGUCUCAGACAUCUACCGGUAGCGAUGAUGGUGCAAAGCCACGGUGCAUUUUGUAACAAACUCUCUUUUGCGGCUGUGGGGUUUAUCCCAAGACCAUUAGCUUACUUGCUUGUUCUUUUCUUCACUCAGUCAGUCGCUGUGGGUAACCUAAUCCUAACUCUUGGGUUGCUGGCUUGCCUGCCCACCUCCCCCUCCUCUCCUCAGAAGGACUGAGACAGCUCCCCAUUCAUAAACCUCGACUCUAGUCAUUGUCAACCAGUAGGCUCAACUUUCCACCCAAGAAAAUUCUCAAUUGUUGAUCACAAUUCUGACUAACCUUCAUAGCCACUUAGCCUAAAUUCUAAAUGUAAAUGGUUCUAAGAACAAAUCUGACAUACGCCGUAGUUCGUGUCGCUUAAUGUGACUGAUUAGAUUAAUGUUACUGAUUAAUGUGACUGAUCGCCUCCCUACCACUGAGGAAGUACAGUUCCUGCGCAGCCCAGUCAAAACUGUUCGCUGCUCUGGCCCCCCAAUGGUGGAACAAACUCCCUCACGACGCCAGGACAGCGGAGUCAAUCACCACCUUCCGGAGACACCUGAAACCCCACCUCUUUCAGGAAUACCUAGGAUAGGAUAAAGUAAUCCUUCUCACCCCCACCCCCUUAAAAUAUUUAGAUGCACUAUUGUAAAGUGGCUGUUCCACUGGAUGUCUUAAGGUGAACGCACCAAUUUGUAAGUCGCUCUGGAUAAGAGCGUCUGCUAAAUGACUUAAAUGUAAAUGUAAUUAGAGCCCAGAGUCAAUGCAAUGUAUCCUCCAUCCUAGAACAAACUAUGGAAUGGAAAAGUUUCUCCAUGUGUCAUACCUGCUGUAACGUGGUUCUACCAGAGGGGUAGAUACCAUAGAAGUGCCACAAAACAGUGAACAAUGACUUUUUAUUUUCACGAGUCUUCAUCAUUUAUUUCAAGAUUGCCACCAAGCUUUUUCAACAUCUGACCGAGGCAGUAGAAAAAAACGUUGAUUUAAAAAAAAAAACUUUAAAAAAGUGAAAAUGUGCAGGUAAGCAGUACGCAGGAGCUUCUUGUUUUGAAGCUUGCCACAAGUGUCACACAGUUGAGCAGCACAUCAAAAGACACAGCUCUGUUCACUCUGUACCACAGCUCCUGGUUUAUACUUUCAAGGCAUUGGCACAAGCCUGUGCUUUGGAGGCGAUGAGUAGCUACUCAAUGCUGGCUCCUUUUGUGCAGUAUCAUAAUUAUAGUUGAUUAUGCCUGUGGUUUUAAUCACUUUUCAUAAAGCUUCAUUUUGGACUGCCAGCCAAUGCUUUAAACAUAUUGUCUUUUGUUGAUUGUAAGUAUUUUGGAUGUACACCAAGUGAAAGCCCCAGGUCAAUCUAAUCAUCAGACAUUCACACAUUGUGUUUAUUCCGCUGUUCCUAUCAUAAAUUAUUAUAUUUUGUGUAAUUAGGAUUUUUUUAAAUUUUGGAAAUGGAGGACCUAGGAGUUUCACAAUUCUGGGGAUAAUAUUUUGGCAUUAUAUUGAUUCACACAGCCACCCUCAUUCUUGCCGGAUAUUCAAAGUGCCAUCAACUAUAGUUUAAAUAGGUACCACUAACCCAAUGGGAAAAUUAUGAAUUUUUAUUUUAAACGCAUUGAGGAUGGAAUGCUGUAAUUCCCGUUGUAAUAGGACAAUAAAGGGGAAUCACACAAUGGUCCUAAGUGGCGGGAGGGAUGAUCGAUCAUUCCACUGCGAGUUCAGAGGGCCUCGUAAACACAUUCACACCUCUCUUUCAUUUAAAUGCGGGAUAAGUUAUAGCAUAUUAUUGAAAAAUCGAGUUCCACAACAACCUGCAUUUCAAUGCUGUCUGGGAGAGUAAAGCCCAAUCCACAAACGAAGUGGCCUCCAACAUAACUUGAAACCAAGAGAAGCCGAGAAAGAGUAGUCUUGACUGUUGCCUAACCAACUCGGCACACAAUUUUGUAAUAUUGUGUUCUUAAAAUACAUUACACAAUGUUUAUCAUUACAAAGGUAAUACAACAAAAACUGCGGCAACAAUAAACUAAUAUUAAUUCGAUAUUAAUAAUACUAACACUGAAUAACAAAUAUAUAUAUAAAAAACAGAUAGGCAUUUAUGAAAAAUACAAAAUAUGAUUUAAGCUUAAUAAAAUGAGAAUCCACUAUUCGCCCAAGUAAGCUAUUUUAAACUUGAAAUAGGCUUCCACCUGCUUUUAAGGUAAUAUCGAAUUGCUCCAAAUAAAAUGUAGCCUAUAUACAAAAGUCUCUAAAAAAAGGUAAAAACAAGUCAAUCAAUUCGUGUGUUCCUCCUUGUACCAACUCCCUCCCAAUCACUAUCAUUUCUGACUCGAGGAAAACAUUCUCCAAACUGAUGGCCUCUCAAAGAUUACCCUAUCAGGUGCAAACCGCUGACACGUUUCCACCCACCACCAACAGAAAAACCUCACUGUGCCCAAAUCCUUAGCCGCAGAUACUCCACUGACAGGCAUUACACCAUCGCCCCUGCUACGAAGAUCUGCCGCUGCGUUAGAUUCAGGUUUCAUAUUUAUAGCUACCCUCUGGAUAACACCAACGUUUUAUCAUAACGCGAGGUAUUCCACGUAAAAAAAAAAAUAUAUAUAUUCAUAUUCGAUUUUACGCACUUGUCCCCUUUUGCCAUUUUCCCACUGUGGAGUCGGAAGAUUUAAAAUGAUCCUUGCAAUGUGUAGAUAUCCCCCGCAGGUACGGACGGAACUGAAGUACCUCUGAUCUUUGGAGGAGCACCUUUGGGAGGAAAGAGGGUGCGCGCAAUGGAUUUUUAAACAAGGGGAAAUCUACUAAGCAAUGGUUGCAAGUUGAAUAUUUCCGCGCCUGGCAAGACACCGCUGUCUAAACGGACCGUGAGAGCGGAGCUAGGAGAUUUGGAGGCGGACAAGAAACAAUACGUUACCUUUUCCCUCUGGAUCAUUUUCUUACAACAAGGAAGCACCUAAUGUUGCAUGCAGUGACUUUUUUGCACUCCAGUUAUUUAUCAUUACACUGGGAUUCAAAGGCACCUCCGGGAUUGUGUGCGUAAGGACGCUGGCGGGUCUAUCCUCAACUUCUCUCGGGGCUUUAAAACUGUGGAAACAGGUGUAUUUCAGCAAGUCAAGAUGUCUGUUGUGCCUUCGAGGUUCAUAUACCUGUGUUUACAUUUUCUGGUCCUCUAUUUCCAGCUCCAGGAAUCUCAACAGAGCUCAGCCGAUUUCAGGAUCUAUAUUGAGAACCACACGCGGAACCCGGACGACCUGAGCCGGAAGCAGAUCCGUAUCUACCAGCUGUACAGCCACACCACGGGCAAGCAUGUCCAGAUCCUGGGCAAGAAGGUCAACGCCAACGGAGACGAUGGGGGCAAGUACGCUCUUCUUGUUGUCGAGACGGAAACCUUUGGGAGCCAUAUUCGAAUAAAAGGGAAGGAGAGUGAGUAUUACAUCUGUAUGAACAAGAAUGGCAAAAUAGUUGGAAAGCUCAAUGGAAGGAAUCAGGAGUGCGUCUUCGUGGAAGAAUUCUUGGAGAACAAUUACACAGCUCUCGUGUCGGCCAAGUACAAAGGGUGGUACCUAGGCUUCAACAGGAAGGGGAGGCCCAAAAAAGGAUCACGGACCACACAAACACAACAGGAAGUGCAUUUCAUGAAACGCCACCCGAAGGGCAAGGUGGACCCACUGGAAGAGUUCCGUUUCACUACAGUAACUAAGCGGACACGAAGGGCGCGUCGCUUAAAACAGAACCCCGAAACUAACUGAUGGUCCGAUGGGACAUCAGACACACUGUUUUCCCAAGGAAAUCACGAGAUUCUUGCCUUAAAACACCUUGAAGACUUUUGUAAAAAAAAAAGAACGACGACAAAAAAAGAACAAACAUUUCAAAGAUGUUUUAUUUUUAUAUUUCAGGAACAUUGAACAUCUCCCAAAUGUUGGGUGUUUCUGGGUUGUUAUAAUUAUUAUAAUGUGUCUUAUUUUAUUUAUAUCGGAUAACUAAGGAUGACAAAGGGCCCUUAUUGCUUAUUUUUGGCUCCUUUGAAUUGCAAACUGAAGGCAUAUUUCUGACAAUGAGGGUGGGAAGCAUGAGUUUAUACAUGUUAUAAAAAGAAAGCGCUAGAUUUUAUUGGAAUACCUGUCAGUUUUGUUUGUGUCACCCCCCCCGACAACACGGAUCCCGUAUUUCUACUGGAAUCAGACGCCAGGGAGACGAGAUGGAAAGAGGUGACAGUGGCAGGUGACACAGUCUACCUAGAUAACUGUGUAGCUUUGAGUGCAAUAUUUGACAGUGCCCACUCUCCCUCCCCCAACUCUCCCUCCGUGUUGAUACCUUCUGCCUGAAUCGUUGCCUACUCUGGAUGGAAUGCGCUGAACACGUUGUGUACAGUGUGAUUUCCUUGACAUUUAUUUUUUUGUACAACUGAUGAUUCAACAUGCUUUGACUAGCCAGGCAUCAGACAGACGGGGGUUGUAGUUUUGUUUAACCUGAGUUGAUGUGGCUCAGAAGUUAACUGGCUAUUACGAUGGGAAACGUAAUAUCACACCUUUAGCCUUACGUGUCUUACUGUGGUAGAAAGUUGGAGAAAAAAAAGCCUAAUGAAUACUGGACAGCUUUUGAAACAUUGCCUUAUAUGAUGUUAUCUGAUAUACUUCAGAAUCAUUUUUUUGACACAGAGCAAGCUUUCUGUUAUUAUUAACAUCUGCAUCCACCAAUUUUGCCCUGCUUUUCAUAGGCCUACAACCAAAAGGUGGAUUUUAUUUCUGGUUGUUCAUGGUGCACCCCAAGCACCCAUGUUCAAAGAGACAUCCCAAAAACUGUUAAUCUUUAACAAUGUGUUCAACCAAGCCAGUUAUAAUGUCGAGAGCACUGAAUUGUUCAAAUGUGUACUUAGACAGGUAUAGAGUCAUCCUAUCCACCCACUAUCUCUGUAUUGUAAGACCUAACUCUCAAACCCUGAAAACCAUACAACCAGAAAUAUGCUUAUUUUGGAUUCAGGAAACGACUGCAGCCAUUACUAGACCUGACAACCAGGGGAGUUGUGAUCCCUACAGAACAUUGUAGAUCAUUACCAUUGAUGACAAAGUUCAGCCUCUAUUCCUGGGUAGAGCUGUAGUAGCCUAUAUAUUUGUCUACCAACUGACAGGUUUUGUAUGAGAUGCUACUAACAACAUGACACAUUUAUGUUUUUUUUUUUUUUAAAUGUAUGCAAAACAAUUUUAUGACUAUUAUAAGAUAUUUAUUGCCUUUCUUUGUAAAUACAAUGUGACGAAUUUAUUUGGCCUCUGUUAAUAAAAUGAGGACUAUAUUUAAAACCA